AUGUCCCCAACAGCCACUGCUCCGACUUCGAGUGCGACUAGCACAGGCCAUACUGGAGACAAUAACAACACCAGCCCUACGAGCUCACCUUUACUAUUCUUUGUUGCUCUUGGUUUCGGCGUUGUAUUCACGAAUUUAUGGAUUAUUGUUGGCGUUAAAUAUUGUUUCCGGUAUAACCAGCGGAACCGACAGAUGCGCGGCGAAGAAGCAGGGGAGCCUAUUGAUCUGAUAACCAUGCCUCGGACGCAUCGGCGACGUCGCGAGAAGAAACUGAUGAGUAUGGAUGAGGUUAACGAGCGUUUCCCUCUCGUUAAAUACAAAGCUUGGUGCUCAUCUCGCGCCAACGAGGGCCUCUCUACUGCGGGAGGAAUUGCAGUUUCCGUUACCAGUGAUCAUAACCUAUUGAAUAGCCAUGCGCGAUCUACGGUUUCUCUCGACAUUCCUCUGGUGGCGACGUCACCAUCAAAGGAUAAUCGACAGCUUGAAUCUUCUAAUGCUCAAGCUGAAGAACGACUGCAGCAUAACGGUCACUCAGCAACCCGACUUGGGGAAAAGUGUUUGGACAAUUCCGUACUUGCUCAACUUCAGACCCAUGUCAAGGAAAAUGAUGACGACGAUGAUGUCGACAAUCAGAUACGUACGGCCGUUCCCGCCGAGCUUCUUGCUAAUCCAGGCGAUACAUGCGCCAUAUGCCUUGACUCAAUUGAGGAUGACGAUGAUAUACGUGGACUCACAUGCGGUCACGCUUUUCAUGCUUCUUGUGUCGACCCUUGGCUGACAAGUAGGAGAGCUUGUUGUCCUCUUUGUAAGGCAGAUUAUUAUGUUCCGAAGCCACGAGUGGAAGUCCGAGACCAUACCAUCGACCUCGAACGCACCAGUCGUCGCCUCCUGAGGCCGACCCAACCUCAGGCAGUUUUCUUAGGAGGAGGGCAAACAAGUGGCCCUGAAUAUCCACUGGCAUUACCUGGCGCACAGCGAGCAUCACCAGCUUACAGGAAUGUCCUCUCUCGCUUUGGCAAUUGGCGAAGAUCUGACUCCGGCAACAGCCAGAGUCUAAACUACCCAAUUGAAGUAGCGCCACAGACCAACCGAGCAAACAACAGACAUGGUUUAUUUCCUUUGCGGUUCUUUCACCCUAGGACUUCCAGGCAAAGCCGCACUGGGAAUGGUCUCACACAGCAUGCAGUGGUCGCUGCUCGCUUGGAGAAUAACCGCACACUCAGUCAGCUUGAGGCUGGACCCGUUGUUUGA